AUGUCUUCAGCUCAUGAUGAUUCGAACCCCUACUACACAUUCUACAAACCCUCCACUGCCGCGGCGUUUGUAGUCGCAAUCCUUUUCUGUCUCGCCGCCGUUGUCCAAAUUUGGAGAAUUAUAUUGACACACCAAUGGUUCGGCAUUGUGGUCCUCAUUGCUGCCGCCUUCGAAGCUGUCGGCCUGCUUGCGCGAGCCUACUCAAGCAAACAUCUCGAAAAAGAAACACCAUUCGAGAUUCAGACUCUUCUCAUCUUUCUCGCUCCCAUUCUCUUCGCCGCUUCAGUCUACAUGUUCCUCGGUCGUGUGAUCCGUAAAUCAGGCCAUCCCGAACUAUCCUUCAUCCGCAUCAAAUGGGUUACGCCUAUUUUCGUUGUCGGCGACAUCUUCUGCUUCUUCUUUCAAGCAAUCGGUGUCGUGAUCUUACUCCGUGCUGAGUCUGAAUCGAAGUUGAAUCUAGCCAAGGGCAUCAUUCUAGCUGGUCUCGCGCUCCAGUUAUUCUUCUUCGCUGUCUUUUUCCUGGUUGCUGUUGUUUUCCACAUCAGACUCAAUUCCAGGUCUGGAGAGAAAGCCGUGCUUUCAGGUGUGAAUUUGAUAAUCAGGCUUUGGAAUCUUUAUCUCUGCAGUUUCCUGAUUACCGUUCGGAAUGUUUAUCGCUUGGUGGAAUACGCGACUGGAACAGACGCAUAUCUAUCCAAGGUGGAAUGGCCUACCUAUCUCUUGGACGUUGGAUUGAUGUUGGUCAUCAUGGUCAUUUCUAACUUUUGGUACUUUCCCAAGAGUGAUGAUAUGUACGAGCCACCAAAAUUCACUACGAGUACGGAGUAUCCCUUGACUGAGCAACGGCUUCUCGACCCGGAAGAGGUAUCUCGGGGACAAUCCCACACGUUUGGAUACACUCCCCAUGGAUAUACUCAUGCUUGA